GCAUAUCCAGGACAUAAGUAUCCACCUUUGUUCUUUAUGAUUCCAUUAACUCAUUGGGUUCCAGAUGAAUUACAUUUAAUGCUUUGUAUUACUGUCCAAUUUCGGAGUCUAAUGUUAUCUGAAACAAAAUACCAAAGUUCUGAUCAAAUAAGGGAACAAAUAAAAAAAGAAAUGAUCAGAAUUGGUGUAUAUUUCAAAUCUGGCAAAGUCCAGAUUCAAGGAGUUGGAAUUAUACCAGUCUUAUGGGUGGAGAUAAAUUAA